CUCAUGCUCAAUCCAGAAGCCAAUCCACUCUAUAGAUAAGUUCUAUAUGAUGGAUAGAAGAAAACCUACAUUAGAACUCUUUAGAGUAAUUAUAUUAUUAUUCAACAUAAUAGAUCAUAAGAAUCAAAUAACUCACACUGAACAAUAUCAAUGGUAUGACAAACAAGAUUGCGUCAAAAAUACCGAUAAGAUUACUACCAUCAACAAUCUAUCAACAAUUUCAAAUGUUUCAUAUCAAAGAUUUAAGAAACCAGAGGUAUAUCAUUUAUAACAUCAUUAAGGAUAGUAAAAUCUUCACACCACUAGAACUGAGCAAACAGACUUAGAUACCAAUGAAAUAUUAAUAGAGAUAUUAAAGUUAGCAAGCUUUAUUUCCCUUGACUUCGCCAAGAGUUACAGAAAGCUCAGCUAAACUAAUAGGCAAAUUCAUCUUAAAUGAAGGAAGUGGGCACUAUAAUUUACCUCCAUUAUAACCACCUUCUGAAACAUAUAGAAAUAGAUCAUAAGUUUUUUUUGGAUGA